GGAAGAGCGACGUCCCGACCAAAGAAAUCCUGAUUACAAUUCCAUGGAUGAAGAUAAUGAAGAAAUGUUUCCUUACGAUCAUGAAAAUUCAUCAACUUCAAUGGAAAGUGAACAUGAUUCGGAAAUACCAUAUCCCCCACAAAAUUACGAUGAUGAUUUUAAUGGACCGUAUAAUUCAUUCGAUGUAGAUGAAAAUUAUGAAGAACAAUAUAAUAGACCAAUAGAUGGGGAUUAUCCCGAUCAACAGUUUAAUGCAUCAAAACAGUAUGGACUGUAUGUCCCUAACUUAAAUGAUUCAAAACGUCAGAAUGGUUAUAUACCACAACGCAUUCCAAACGUUAUUGUCCUUCCUGAAAGGCAUCUUGAUAUGAUGAUAGGACGAGGCCAUUAUCUGCAGGAAGCAUUUGAUGAAAUGGAACCAGAUGAUAGGCAAAAAACGGGUGAAUCGUUAAUGAGAGAAGAAUAUGAGAAAGCGAAAACAUCUAUAGAACAGGAAGCAGAAAAACGAACGCCGUUUGGAAAUAUAAUAAAUAGAAUAGAUACAAGAUUUGAAUAUGAAAUGAUGCGUUCAAUGAAAGCAAGAAAUAAUGACAACAGUGCCGUAAAAGAAAAAGGUAUGCGAAGUAAUUUAAUUUUUUAUAUGAAGAAAUACAAACUACUUUUCCCUCUUAUGUGUAACUUGUUAGCUGUGGGUCUACUUGUAAUGAUGGGGUUUGAAGUAACUGCUAUUAUACUUUGCAUCAUAGGUAUUAUGUUGGUAGUUUAUUACGAGCUUAAAUUAAGUAAAAUUAAAAAGAUGCAUAGAGUUUUUAAAAAAUUUAAUGCUCGUUAUCACAUAUUACCAUA